AUGGGUGAUGUGGAUUCUACGGUUGGCACUGGUUCAACGGGUGAUGUGGAUUCAGCGGUCGGCAUUGGUUUAACGGGUGAUGUGGAUUCAACAGUCGGCACUGGUUUAACGGGUGAUGUGGAUUCAACGGUUGGAACUGGUUCAACGGGUGAUGUGGAUUCAACAGUCGGCAUUGGUUCAACGGGUGGCGUGAAUUUAAGGGUCAGCACUGGUUUAACGGGUGAUGUGGAUUCAACGGUUGGCAUUGGUUUAACGGGUGGUGUGGAUUCAAGGGUUAGAACUGGUUUAACGGGUGAUGUAGAUUCAACGGUUGGCACUGGUUCAAUGGGUGGUAUGGAUUCAACGGUUGGAACUGGUUCAAUGGGUGGUGUGGAUUCAACAGUUGGCACUGGUUCAAUGGGUGAUGUGCAUUCAAAAGUCAAAGCUGGUUCAAUGGGUGGUGUGCAUUCAACAGUCAGCACUGAUUCAACAGGUGGUAUGCAUUCAACGUUCGGCACUGGUUCACCGGGUGAUGUGGAUUUAUCAAUUUGUGAAUUAUCUAUCUGCGCUGUUCCAUCAGGGAGAUCUUUCAUUCCCUGA